AUGCGUUUGGUGGCCCGUGCACUGACAGCUUUGCUGGCUCUGCCCAAUGGCCUUGCAGAGUUUACAUACUUCGCACAGUAUGUGAAAUUUCGCACCGUGGAAACACGGGUUGGUAAUGCAGAUUCAGUUGCCCUCGCAGAAGUGUAUUUGUACGACCCGGAUCAGAAUUGGGUGGAUCUCUCUUCUGCGACAGCUACCAACCCGUUUGGCAAUAACUAUAACGAUGCGCAUCCCGGUUCCGACGCACUCGACAAAGACCACACCACGAAAUGGUUAGACUUCAACAAAGGAGACUUGAUCAUCAGCCUCCCAUCUCCUUACACUGCGAUACAGUAUUGCGGAAUGCAGUUGGCAGCCGAUCAUAGUGAAAGAGAUCCAGUGCAUUUCGAGUUGCUGCUGUCCCAGGACAACGUGAACUGGGUGAUGGUGUACUACAAUUCAGACCCAGCCAAUGUGCCCGACCUUCGGAGCACUAUGAUAGAGCGCUUGCCUCUAUCUGCGAAGUUUAAGGACUUCCUCUUCGAGCCUAUAGCUGCUCGAGACGGGUUCUACGGGAAUCAGGAGGUGCAAGUGGCAGAGUUCCAACUAUGGGAUGGUGCCACACCACCUGCAGAGAUGGAUUUGGCUGCCUUGGGUGCGCAGGCCGUGUCCUGGCAGAAUAUCGGGACGAGCCCAGCGGGGGAAGAGCCAAGCAAAGCCGUAGAUGGAGAUGUGACUACCAGUUGGGUUGAGAUGGACAUCCAGUCCUCCACAGGGAUACAUAUUAGGUUUACUAACCCCGUGUAUGUAUCGAACUGGAGCUGGGUGACUGGCAGCAGCUUGACCUCCAGGGACCCUCUCCAAUGGAACUUUUACGGAUUGUACAUGGAGACGGGCAGCAACAACAUGAUGCUUCUCAACCAACAGGCGACAGACUUUGAUGUGCCUCUGGACCGAGAAACUUCUGUGGGGAUGCUGAGCAUUGCCGGUAUGCUCGAGCUAAACCUCGACAUUCAAAAGCAGUACAUCAACAUCGAGUUCGGCAAUCACCAUGUCAUCCACAUCGAUGACCACAUCGCUCACGUCGGUGUCUGGAGCCUCGACGUCCAGUUCGUCAGUCCCGAGUUCGUCAUCCACCACAGCAUCAACGCUAAACUCGCCUCCAACCACUACAUCCACCACAACACUAAUGCUACACUCGCCUCCGACCACUACGUCCACGCUCAGCAGCACAUCUACGUCACCCGCAACAUCGUCGACGACGCGCAGCUUGUCAUCUGUCUCCUCAGCAGGAACGAUUACGACGUCAUCCACGACAACUACGACGACGACCUCGUGGACAUUCGCUACUUGGACGCAGACUACACACUCUCGACUCGGCUGGUGGGAGACCUGGAAGACAGCCAGUUGGACACGAUACAGUUUUUCACGUCGAUGGAGCCGAGCUCAAACACCACGAACUCAACGCAAUCUACACCAGAAGUUUACGGCACGGUACUCACUGUGCCUCAUGAUCACGUGGGGACUCCGCUCUACACCAGCUUGCUGCGAGCUGGCCCGAACGAGACAGCAGCAGGCUCAAUCCAAGUGUCGGUGGGUGAGUCGCUCGUGGUUGUCCCAACCGCUCUCUUCACAUCCGCAGCUCGUCCCGAAUACGCAGUGAUCAGCGUAAGCGAUGCGCAGCCAGGGGACGAGAUUAGCGAAGUCUUGAGCGCUUCUACACGGGCUUCUGGAAAUGUCUUGGCCACGCAACCCAUCAGCAUCAAGCUCAGCAUAUGGGAGCGCAGUAUCAAUGGAACAUUGAAUGCAUCUAUCAAUUUCACAAUCCCGAUUACACAAGUCAAUGGCACUGGCGACGUGACAUGUGUGUACUGGGACGAACAACAGGACCGAUGGUCGAGCCAGGGUGUAGCGACCUUCUCCGUUGCUGACGGUUUUGUGCAAUGCUCCACGACUCACCUCUCGCUUUUCGCUGCAAUCGUGGCGGCCGUUGUGACGACUUUGGUGUGUAGCAACGCAGCCGGCAUCUUCUCAGUGCAAGGCCUCCAGUCUCUGCUCGAGUGGCAUUGGGCGCUACAAGCUCCGGCCUUGGUCCAAUGGAUCACGCUUCUGGUGGGGCUUUGCUUGUUGCUGGUAGCGAAACACAUGGACCAGCGAUACAUGGAGCGGGUGGACGCGCUGGAGGGAUUCUCGCAUUUCCUUGGAGCCCUUCAUCCAACUAAGCGGGUGGCCAGCCAACUCCUAAAACGGAGCAUCGGGCUGGGCAUCGGUGAGUUGAACCGACUGCGGCAAGUGAGCGGUGUGACAGGGUGGCAUCAGCAAGCGCGGUCCAUUCUCUCACACUUCUCCGAGCAGAAGCUCCUCUUCAAGCUGACUAUGCUUUAUCAGGUGCAUUGUCGUUGGUUCAGCUUUGCCACCCCGUCUCUGAAGGCCAGCUGUGCCCAGCGUUGCAGUGUGCUUCUCGCCAAGCUGUAUAGUGGCUGGGCCAUCAUGGCGGUUUUCUAUGGCUCCACAGCAUUGGCCCCUGGUCAGCCCGAGUGUGCACCGCCGGAAGCCUUGCUGGACAAGCUCGUCCGCAGCGCUGUGGUCGCCUGGAUCUCCGCAGCAUUCGGGGCGCUGCCUUUUGUCAUGCUGCUCGCUGUGGUGCACCUGGGUGGGAACAGAGCCCGCUCCCUGCGGACGAACGUCUUUUGGAGCUAUAUGACGCUCCACACGACGUUCUGUGCCCUCGUGGUCAGCAUUUUUCUGGCCAGUGUAAGCCCUGCAGAUGGGGAGAAGUUUUUGAUUUCCUCACUCACCAACCUGUUGACGUCCUUGCUGAUUACUCCCCUGCUCCUGACAGUGCUAUUUGGGAUUUGCUUGCACAGCCGACCUGGCGAUCUCGGUCAGAUGCUUCAAUGGCGGCAGGACGACCAGUUCGAAAUCUCUAUUGAGAGUGUCGAAAUUCCACUAGAGCAGCUGCAUGCAGCCCUGAAGCUUGACUCGCGCCUGGCUGUGACUGCUCUUGUGGAGGUCUUCGGCGAUCACUCCAGUUCUGUGAACUUGAAGAUGGUCUCCGACUCCGGGACCACCUUCAGCUCCACAGCCGCCAUCCCCGUAACGAAGAAUCAGGUUCUGUUUUUCACGAUUGUUCUCGUGGAGCUUCAAAGGAGGUCUACACGCCAUCUCCAUGCCGUGGUGCUGGGCGGUGAUGUCAUCACUGGCUAUAGCGGAUCGUUGCCGCUCUUUUUGGCCGGCAAGAGCUCCCCAUGCGCGGAAGUUAUGGUCCAGGUUGGGCUCUCUACACGAGGCAACGAGGAGAAGCGAGACACCAACGGCAAACACAGCAGCAAAGAUGCUGAAACCGGCAAGGAGGUUGUGACCAUUGACGUCGUGUCCCUUGAGAAGCCGCUGCAGGCGGAUGCAGAUCAGAGGCCAGACCACCUGGAACCCAGGCACGAUGUGCCACUGCGGGCAGCGGCUGAGGCGCCACGUCCACUGGAGGGCACCAUGACCAGGGAGACACCGCCGCCUGACCCAACUCCGAAAUCGCACCUCGCCGAGCCGGAGCCGGCUCCCGAGCCUCUUCUGCCGGCUGGAAGUAGGCUUUCGGAGCUGCCAGCGCCGGCACCUCCGAAGUCGAUGCCGCGCAUGGGCCCGUGCUUGCGCCCGCAGGCACGGACCCUGGGAGCUCCGCGACCGGACCCGCGUGGGCGGUCCAAUGAUUCGACGAGAGGUGCAGCAAACCCAGUCAGACGCGGGGAACUUUAG